AUGAGAGUGCAGUUUGCUCGACUGCUCAUGGACAUUGGCUUUCUACGGCAUCCCAGCAAGGCGCCUGCGAGCAGGGGUUCUGAUUGGCUGGAUGAGUCCACCCAGCUCUGGAACCGAUGCUCUAUGAGUGCGCCUGCUGUGAAGGCUGUUCUCUGUGCUGGCCUCUACCCCAACGUUGCAAUGAUGGCACGUGACUCUAUCGAAGCUGCGCACUGUUCGCACGCGUCAGACCUCGCACACGUGGCAGGGGCGUCUGGGCGGCCGCGAUGGGUCACUGCUACAGGGGCUGAGGUGGCGAUCCACCCGUCUUCGGUCAACGAAGCUGUCUCGGUGUUCCGCGCUCCCUUCCUUGUCUUCCAUGAAAAGGUCAAGACAUCUCGAGUGUAUAUCCGCGACUGCACUGUUGUUUCUCCAGCAGCCAUUCUUCUGUUCGGCGGACCAAUCAUGGUCCACCAUCAGAGAGCGCGAGUGUCAGUGGAUGGUUGUGGCGCCAUUAUGUUUCGUGUUGAACUUGUUGACAGAAUGUUGAACAAGACGCAGAUGAUUCAAGCCAAGUGA